AUGGCAAGAACCAAGCAGACCGCUCGUAAGUCCACCGGAGGCAAAGCCCCCAGGAAGCAGCUGGCCACCAAGGCUGCCCGCAAGAGCGCCCCGGCCACCGGCGGCGUCAAGAAGCCUCACCGUUACAGGCCCGGCACCGUGGCUCUGCGUGAGAUCCGGCGCUACCAGAAGUCCACCGAGCUGCUCAUCCGCAAGCUGCCCUUCCAGCGCCUGGUCCGAGAGAUCGCCCAGGACUUCAAGACCGACCUGCGCUUCCAGAGCUCGGCCGUCAUGGCUCUGCAGGAGGCCUCAGAGGCUUACCUGGUCGGGCUCUUCGAGGACACCAACCUGUGCGCCAUCCACGCCAAGAGGGUCACCAUCAUGCCCAAAGACAUCCAGCUGGCCCGCCGCAUCCGUGGAGAGAGAGCUUAGACUGGACCGUUACCCGACAACCACAACGGCUCUUUUAAGAGCCACCUACUAUACACAAAGAGAUCGGUCCUGAUUCUUUAUUACUCUACUUUCAGGCCACUUAGACUAAGAGCACGUGAGUUAUUGAGUGUUCAAUCAAAGAAAAUUCAUCACUGAUGUGAGGAAUGAAUGGUUAUAGUACUGGGAAGAAAUCAGUCAA